AUGUCUGAAAUAAAUACCACGGCAUCUUCUUGGUCUCGCUCAAGCCACACGAGAAUGCAUCUUUCAAUGUUGGUUGAAAGCACACUUCUUGGUACUUAUGAGCGGAGGGAAAUUGGGGUUGAUUCAGCAUUCGGGUCCUGUGCAAAGGAUGAUUUCCACUUCGCCAGGUUUUUGCAGAAAAUUGGCUUCGAAUCCGUGGAGAAAAGGAAUUGA